AUGUUUAGAUCAUCUUCUUAUUCCUCCUCCUCGUCCUCGCAAACCUCUUUUCGCAGAGUAUUAAAAGCACCGGGCCGUCCGAUCGCUGUACGGACCGAAUAUGUCACAGAUUCAAGGACACUUUUGGUCGUGAGACCGCAAGGUGACAGUCUUCAAGAGCGUAUAAGAUUGAGGAUAGCGAUGGGUGUUCGCGCCUGUCGUGAAUUCUGGGAUGCUUCUGGAUUGCCUCUGUUCGAGCUGCAUAGGAAGAUGUCGCUCAAAAAUACUUGGUCCGUCACGCUACCAGGAAGCAAGCAUGCAAAUAUAGCCACAGCCAGCGCAGGAUGGUCUGUCGGUGACUUCAAGAUUACUUUCCAGAAUAGAGCAGCCGUUGAGUCGAAAAAGGAGGAGGAAAAAAUACUCACGUUAGAGGUUGAAAAAUAUGGGAACGCUCUAGCUUCAUUCGAUGUCGUGGAUGGGGACAGGAAGGUUGCCGAGAUUCGCGAAAGUAUACCUCACAAUGAGAAAUUGGCCUUGCUGCCGAGUUCGAAGAAGGGCUAUCGACCCGUUCUGGAUGUGACCGUUCUACCAGGAGUAGACUUGUCUCUUAUCGCAAUCAUUACAGUUAUGGCGUCGGACUGGGUUUUUAGCUCGAACUACUAG